AUGCGACGACAACUUUCCCAUCUUCUUCUUAUUAUAGUUCAUCUACAAAUUUAUCAUACAAAGAUAUUAGAAAAUUGUCAAUUUCUUAAAAGUUUCUACGAUAUUCAUUCGAACAUAUUUGAACUUAAUAAUAAUCAAACAUCUUUAACAGUACGACCAUUAUAUUCAUUAUUAAAUCAAUCAUAUUCAUUUAUGAAUCAAUCACUUUCAAUUGGAAUUAUUUAUCCAUUUGCCGAUACAUAUUUAGUACCUGUACCACUUGUUUUUCAAUGUUCAGAAAAUAAAGAAAUUUAUGCACCAAAUGAUUGUGAAUUUACAAUGAUUGAUACUCGUACAGAUUUAUCGAUUCGACGAACAGAACCAACACGUACAAGAACAGUUUCACUUCAUUUUCAAGAAUAUUCCCAAUCGAAUACAUUUCCAUUACGUGGUGCGUAUUUUAAACAAUCAAAAAUCGCUUUACAAAAUUGUCGUAUUAUUAUUUCCAAUGAAACAUUUCUUAUAUCAAAUCUAUUCAAUCUUCAAAUUGAAUUCGAACAAACAAUUGGUUCACAAUGUCAUGAGAAUUGUUCACAUUCACAAUUAUAUGAAUGUUCAUCAUUAUCGAAAACUUGUCAAUGUCGUACACAUACAAUAGAAAAAUAUGGACAUCUUUGUGUUGAUACAGAACUUGCUUCGAAUUGUUCUCUUACACCUGAACGUUGUCGACGUUUAUGUAAUGUUCAAAAACAAAUUCAUACAAAUGAAAUCGAUCAUAAUUGUCAAUGUCCAUUAGGUACACGACGUAUAUUAUCAAACAAUAUCUAUCAUUGUGAAUUACCUAUAUUAUCCGAAUGUGAUACAAAUCUUUCGCGAAUUACUUGUCCAAAAAAUUCUAUAUGUCAAGAUAAUCGAUGUAUAUCAAUAUCGAUUCCUAUUCGUGUACAACAAUCCAUAUUACCCUUACCAAUUCUAUUAAUUGGAUUACUUAUUGGAUCUUUAUUUAUUAUAAUUAUACUUAUAUUAGGUCUUUUGAAAAUGCGUUCAGUAAAAUGUGUUAAAUUUAUACAUCAAGAACAUGUUUUAUCAACAGCUCAUUCAGGUAAUUCAUCACCAGCAACAAUAACACGUUUAUCAACAGUACAUUCAUCAUCAUCACCUUGUUCGACAUUAUCCUCAUCAUCGAAAUCAGUUAAAUUAUCAUCAACAAAUAAAAUCUUAGAAAAAUAUACAAAAAUUGAUAUAUUCGAAUGA